AUGGACGAGGCGUCCACGUGGGAGCAUCUCCCUGCCAACGAGCACAAGUUUGUCUGGGACGAGGCCGAGGGCAAGUUUUGGAGAGACUUCAACGCCAAACAAGAGGCCCUGCAUUCCGAAAAAGAGCGAGAGUACCAGCUGGCCCUGACAGACGCCAAAUUCGAGCUGGGCAAACUGGAUGGAAAGCGCAACGAGCUGACCAAGGUCCGCGAGAGGCUCGCGCUGGAGCUGAGCAACCUCGACAAGGAACUGGCCAACGUCGUCACCGAGUGCAAUGGAAGGUCGGACAUGAUAUUUGCCAUGGAGCAAAAAUAUCGCCACGAUGAGCAAGACUUUCUACAACAGAGGGAAAAGGUGACAGAGACCAUGAUUCGCUGGUUUCAGGAAAAGCGAGAUGCUGCCGCCAAGGCCCAAGGCGACGCCGGAGAUGACCAGACUGAGCCAGUGGAAGCUCUCGUUGACCUCGUCGAUGCCGACGGCCGAGUGAUUGGACCCAUCAACAAGACAGAGCCUUGGAACCAGUGGGUCAAGGCCAUCCUGGGUCUGCCCAUCAAGCGUUCGGUCAAGAUUCGGCGCGGACGCAAGUUCACCACGGAUCACCUCGCCGGCAUCUACGAACACACAGAGGCCAAGGGCGUCAAGUGGCUCUCGUGCAUGAUCCAAGCCAUUGGCGACAUCCAGGCUCAGAGGUGCAUAUCUUGUGACAAGAACCAGGGCGCCUUUGAUGACUGCAUAAUCAUUGGCGGGCCGCUUUUUCAAAAGUGUGGCAAUUGCGAGUGGAAUCGCCAGGGCUGUCAUGGGGCGGCUCUGCGCAAGGGCGGCGAGACUCCUCGAGAAGAAGAACAACAACAACAGCAGCAACCAGGAGAAGAAGAAGAAGCCCCAAAGGAUAUGCCCAACGGAAAUGGUUCCUCAAGGCUGACGGCAGACGGAACCGCAGAGGAGGCAGACUCACCGCCACCACGAGAAGACGACGACAUUAAAGGAAGGAUAUGGACGAACACACCGCGGGAGGCUCCCAAAGAAGUGGAGGAAGAUGAGAGCGACGAAGUCAAGCCCACAAUAACAGAGAGGCGAGGAUUGCCUACUAGCCGGCCGGCCUUUUAUCAAACCGAGCAGCUGUUGAACCCCAAAGACCGCCCAGAAUCUCGAGCAUACCCCUACAAUACGGGAUUCACGCCGGCAAACGUUCCGAGCCGGCCAUCCUCUCAGGAUCUCAACACUCCUACUCCGCGAUCGAUGGAGGCUUCGCCUCAGCCAUCGGAUAACGCGGACGAGCCAGCUCUACCUAAAAUUACCCGCGAAACCCUCACUCUAAGACAUAACGGCAAGGUGUACACUCAUCCAGAAAUCAUAGAGGGCGUACCUCUUGAGAAGAUUGACCCAAGCCACCCGUACUGGGACCCUAAGUGGCCCGAUAUCAGGGGUCUGAUUGAGACACCACUAAACCAAUGGAGAGAGAAGCACCAGCAGGCCAUGGAAUCCAAGGACAAGGGCGUAGACAAGGCCUCUACAAGAUUCCAGCUGGGGCGACAGGUGAAUCGCGGCCUAAAGAUUCUCGAGUUCUUGGACGAGGGCGAGAUUAGCCCUUACCAGCUCCUGAGCAAAAAAUACACCACAUCUGGCAAGGGGAGCAUCACCUCGUAUGACACCCUCUUCCGCCUGUGCGAGACGCUGAGCGAGCUGGGCAAAUACGGGCUCGACAUCCACCCCCUGGAGUGGAUGCGUCAGCGUUUGCAUGAGUUGUGGGUUGAGCAAGGUGCCGCCUUUAAUGUGUCGAGAAUCAUUCACAAUUUUUACAACGACCCCAAGCUGGCUGCUCUGCGGACCAAGUCUGGAUUUAAGAACAUUGGUCGGCCCUCGGGUGUCAAGGCAAGCCGUCGCAGCGGUGCCCCGUCCAACGACACCCCUUAUUCCCAAUCCCAACAACAAAAGAAACGAAAGACCUAUUAUUCCAAUUCUGGGGCGCCGGGAGAUCACGACAGAUCGUCGACGGAUCUGACGUCCGAGGGUGGCAACGAUGGCACAACGAUGGCGCCCGAAUCUCCAACUUCAGGAGGUCCAAUCAUCAAGCGUGCUAGGACGCUGUCUCCAUCCAUUCGACCGUAUAGAACACUCGUCGAUGAUACUGAAGAUUUUACCGACACAGAUCUCUGGAGCGGCGCGCCCAUCACGCAAAACGAUUUUCGGGUUGACCAGAUCAAGUCGCGGCUAUACACGAGCUCGCCUCGGGUGACCCAGUACCUUCACUGGAUGAAGGAAGGCCGAUGCUUGGAGCACCAGAUCUUGAGGGAGGGGCAUCCUGUGAGAUGGGCAAAGCUCAGGGAGCCCAUCAACUUUGACGUGCGGCUGGAUGACUUGGUCGACGUGGUUUGGAACAGGCGGGUGCUCAAGGCGCAUUUGAUUAUGAGCGACCGCAACACGCAGAUUUCUUCUCUAGAUGGACGACCCAGAGGAGAUGUUCUCGUGUCAUUUAGACGGGAGAGGACGCUUAGGAGGUUGAUUCGGGUUCUUGGGAGUAUGGGAGUCAGGACCAUUGAGGGAUCCCAGGAGGAGUUGCUGCACCGCUGGGCAAUCAUGCAGUCUGAGCAGCUGUCGGAGAGAGACGAGGAGCUCGCAGGCGAAGAUCACAGGAGACCGGCCUCUUCGUCCCAGCUACCAGUUGCCUAUUAG